AAAAUAUUUAUGUUCGAUAUAAUAAGAAUCUACUGUAUACCUAUAAUAAUAAUAAUACAUUAUGUGUAUAACAUUACUCGGCUUGUCCGGCAGAUAAUGUGUUAUCAGACACAUGACUUGAAAAAUAAGUCCACACGCAUGCGCAGAUCAUUGGUUAAAUGAUCAGGCGUAGCAUGUUUUAAAAUUUCGCUACCGGUGUCCUGCUCCUGACUGACUGAUUUUUAAAUUUUUUUGCCUUUAGUCCGUGCUCUGUGCGCCGUCGAAACGCUAUGUUUAUCGAAAGGGGGAAACCAGAAGAAAUCCCCAAGGGGGCCAUACGUCUCACAAAAGAGGAGGUCAUAGAGUACAUGACCGACCUGAUACACAAAUGGCCAAAUACUAUGGAAUUAUGGGCGCUGAAACAUGGUAAUCCAAUUUUAUCAUCAGCAGUUGUUAUAUCGAGUUCGGUCAUUUUAAAUUUUUACCGCAAAAAAUUACAACUUAGAAAUUAUGGACGUUUUACAUUGUUUUUACCAGUUGUUCUUAUCCCGUCAAUUUUUGAUCAAAUGUAUCAAACUUCAAUUACUACUAGAUCAAUAAUUUUACAAGAAGAUUGUCCUAUUUGCAUUAAUACACAAUCAAUGUUCAUACAAUUGGGCACAGGAGUUGUUUAUCCGUUGAUGAGCACAAUUGGUGGAACAUACAUGUUUGCCCAGAAAAUGAACACGUUUAGUUUGGGAUCCAAAGGACCUGAUAUUAUUAAAGAAUUUGCUCAACAUGUAACGAAAAUAAGUCGUCCACUGUAUAAUAGACUUACAGUAUUUGUUAUUGGUCAUGUACUAUUAAGUUAUAUGAUAAGUCAUUACCAAAUGGAAAAUUUUGAGUUUUUAAGGAUUAAAAUGUUGCAACAACAAAAUGAAGACAUAGAAGCAUUACGUCAAAGUAAACAAAUUAGUUAUAAAUAAUGAUCCAUUAUGUUACUGAUAGAGUAAUUUAAUUGUAACUAUUAUAUUAUUCUGCUCGGUGAGAGAACAUGUUGAUUGUGCACAUUUCUAUUCUACACUCUGAUAUCAAGAAUGAUUUCAUUAUGACAGGAUGUUGUCUAGGGAUGCGCAGAAGAACUGAUUUUAUUUGAACUUUAGUGUCUUCUCGCUGUGUAGAGUAUUAGAAUUUUAAAAAAUGUAGAAUAUUUUUGCUUAUAAAAAUGUUUUAUGCUCUUUAAUAUAAUAUAACAAUGUUAAGAUUAGUUUCCAUA